GUCAAAACUGAACGGUUUUCAAUUUCAACAGAUACUGCCGUGACCAUAACCUAAUCAGAAGAUCCAAACAACGCCGUUGGAGCAACAGCUGGCAGCUACAACAAAAACUGACCACGUCACAUAGAGUUCACAUUCCGCUUUCCCAAACAGACAAACAAAAUGAGCAAAGUGACAUUUAAAAUAACACUCACGUCGGAUCCUAAGCUGCCAUUCAAAGUGCUCAGCGUGCCUGAAGCAACGCCCUUCACAGCUGUGCUGAAAUUCGCCUCCGAAGAGUUCAAGGUGCCCGCAGAGACGAGCGCCAUCAUCACAGACGACGGCAUUGGGAUUAGUCCUCAGCAGACAGCGGGCAAUGUGUUUCUCAAGCAUGGCUCCGAGCUGCGUCUGAUACCCAGAGAUCGUGUAGGCCACUAACCGAUCACCUAGACCUAUUAUUUUUGUAUUCAUGUAACAUGUAUAGAGAUUUUCCCCGCUAUUAAAUUUGUAAAGCUCGCAAACAUAAAA